AUGGCGGAGCAUUUGGCGCGGAUUAUUGGAACAGAGGAGGACAGAGUAAACUGUCCAUUUUACUGGAAGAUUGGGGCAUGCCGUCACGGUGACCAGUGUUCAAGGUCUCAUUAUAAGCCCUCGUCGUCUCCAACUAUUGUCCUUCGUCAUAUGUACCCCAACCCCCCCGUGGCGAUUGCCAUUGCAGAGGGUCAAAAUGUCUCUGAUGAACUCCUAGAUGAAGCUGCUGAUCACUUUGAGGCCUUUUUUUCGGAGGUUUUCGAAGAAUUGUACAAGUACGGAGAGGUCGAGGAUAUGGUAGUGUGUGACAACAUUGGAGAUCAUAUUAUCGGAAAUGUGUAUGUGAAGUACUCGGACGAUGAUGCUGCAAAGAAGGCUCUUUCUGCACUUCAGGGACGGUAUUAUGCUGGGAAGCCUAUUCAAGCAGAAUUCACGCCUGUAACUGACUUCCGAGAAGCCCGCUGUCGCCAGUUUGUUGAUGGGCAGUGCCGCCGUGGAGGAUACUGCAACUUCAUGCAUCUUAAGCACGUUCCACGAUCGUUGAAGCGUAAGCUGUUCAAUAAGAUGUACGAAGAACAUCCGGAGUAUAGGGAUAAGGUUCGGGGAGGACGGCGAUCAAGGUCGCGUUCUGCUUCACCGCGCAAGAACAGACGCUCGCCGAGCCCCCAUAGGUCUGAAAGGCCGGAAAGGCGGACGAGUGAAGAGCGACGCGCCAUGAUUGCCCAGUGGAACCAGGAGCGCGAUGCUGCCCAGAGCUGA